GGUGACAAGACAGAGAACAAAAUGGUUGGGAAAGUUAUGAGAGACAGUUGGAAGGAUAGGCUGUCUCUCCCAUUUAAGGACGCUGCCGCCCUCUUGCAGGCACUCUCUCCUCCUCCCUUCCUGAGUCCUGACGCACCUCCCAACACAGGCACAGGGCCGCGCACACAUACACACGCGCGCCCAGAAAAAACCUUGGCGUUUCUCGUGGUCCUACCCCCCCCCCCCCCGCAUUCCCUCCCUUCUCCUGUGAAGAAGAUGGCCGGGUGUCAGAGGCUUCAAUGUUCUCAGGUUGUGGGUGUCCAAGAAGCACAGGCAAGGGCAAGAACAAUGGCCUCUUCAGCCUUGCAUUGAUGAAAGCAUAAAUAAAGGGGAGCUAGCCGGCCAGUGUUCCUACUCCCAGCUCCCAGAUAGUAUUCAUUCUCUCUCAAGCUCAGGCUCAAAGCUCCUCCCUGUCUAGCUUCUUUUUCUUUGCAUUGUUAUUCCCUUGGCUAGCUCUAGCCUUCUUUUUAUUUUUCUUGUUUCUCCCUCUCCUAGUCUCCUGCCAUGGAAUCCUCCUCCCAUAUCACUGGGGAUGAUGGUGAGGGCUGCAACAGCAGCGAGUCUGGGUGGACAAUGUACCUCGCCUCCCCCAUGCAUGGCGAUGUAGGUGGCGGCAGUGGCAAAGGAAGUGGCAGUGAAGGAAGCAGUGUGGAUGAUGGCUAUGGCUGCAUCAGUGACAGGAGUAGAAGUGGCAAGAAGGCUUAUGAAGAUUAUGCUGAUGAUGAUUCCCUGGCCUCUGAUGCUUCAACUGGACCAGCCAAAGUGAAGGCGCCUUCCCUGCAGGAAGACAGCAAGGAAGAAGAUGAAGGCCAUGUAAAGAACGGCGAUGGCGGCGGCAAGGAGGAGGAAGAGAAGGAAGAAGGUGAUGUACGUACCAAGUUCUCGACGAGCUCCCGCAAGAAAGCCGGCAAGGUUGAGAAAGGAGAAGGCAACUCCUCAAGGAGAGGUCACAGCAAGAGAGGCAGCUCUUCAAGGAGAAGCUUCUUCUUCUGGUAAACGACUAAAUGUAUUAGAAUCACUGUACUAUGAUGUCUCAUGCAUCUUUCCGCCAUUGCUUUGUUGAGCUCAAAUCCUUGCUACGAGCAUGCAUGGAGAUCAAAGGGAAGGCUGUUUUUGGUCCUUAUUUUUGCCUUCCAUAGUGUUCUCCCCUCGUUGACCACCCAAGUAGUAGGUUAGCACUGAACCGUUACCAUGUAAAUCUAUUGUAACCUUUGGUUAUUGUUCUUCGGUGCCCUGCUUUUA